GACCCCCCAAAAUCCCCCCCGUGCCCCCUCCUCACUCACCCUCUCCCCUCUGUUUUUCCCCCCAGGCCCCUCCAUGGACCCCCAGGACCCCCCAAAACCCCCGGAUCCCGCCUGGAUCCCCACUCCUGACCCCCCCAGGACCCCCAGGACCCCCCCAAAUCCCAGCUCUCUCCCACGCCCACCCCGCCCGGCUCCGGGCCCUGCAGGCCCUGGUUGCCCUUUCCGAGGCCUUGGCUGAGCCCGAAUCCCUGGACUCGGCGCUGGCGGAGGCCGGGAAGGCCCUGGAGGAGGCCGAGGGGGUCCUGGGGCAGCUGCGGGGGGUCCUGGACGCCCAGCUGGCCGCGGCGGCUCCGGCCACGGCGCCGGACGAGGACCCCGGGCUGUUCCGGGCGCUGGCGGCGCUGGCCCAGGCGGCGGCCGACGACACCCAGAGGGAGCUGGACGGGAUCCGCCUCCGCCGCAGGCUCUUCCAGGCCGGGCAGGGCCUGGUCGUGGCCCUGCUGGUCGUCAUCAGCCCCAUCAUGUCCCUGGACUGGGCCCGCCAGGCCCUGGGCGUGUCCCCCGAGGGCCACCUGGUCCCGUUGCUGGCGGCCUUGGCCGCGCUGUGCGAGGUGGCCCUGCGCUCCCUGGCCGCGUCGCGGCGUCACCUGGCCGAGGCCCGGGGCCACCAGCGCCGGCUGGCCCUGCGCCACCGCGCCCGCGCCGACCACAUCGCCGCCGCCCGGGCCGCCCUGGAGGCCGCCAGGGCCACCGGCGGCCACGUGGCCGCCGCCCUGGCCGGGCUGGGCCAGGUGGCGACGCACCUGAGGGAUUUGGUGGCCGCGGUGGCGAGGGACGCCGGGGUGGCCCGGCUGCUGGGGACGCGCCCGGCCACCUUCCCGGAGAGCAGGAGGGUCCUCGGGGACAUCGCGGUGGCCUUGGGGACGUCCGGGGGGGAUGGGGAGGUGGAGGAGGUGAGGAGGAGGUUGGGGGAGGUGGCGGAGGGGGAGGGGUGA